UCCAUUAUUAAUUUUCUCAUACAAUUGGCCCAAAUCAAUUUCUGCAAUAAAAACAAAUUUAAGAAAAUAUUACUAAUAUUAGCGGAAAGAGAAACUAAUACCACGUCAGCAAAUUUUCUCUACAAUGCAUUAACAUAUCCACGUACCAACUUUGACACAUUUGCACAAUCCCUGUUACAUAAUGGAUUAUCUCCCAAACAGUUCAUCAUUGCAAAAAUGAACUAUCUCUUUGCUCCCCAACAAUCACACGAAAAUCUAAGUGAGUAUCUUGACAACCAGAUCAUUUUACUUAGACUAUUCGGAGAAAACAAUGAGUCCUCAAAUAUUCAACAUUUAAAAUCUAGUAUCCACCCCAACUACUUACUCUUAUUAGGAUACUUAGAAGGAGUACAAACUUACAUUCAACUGUACAAUAAGGUAAAGGAAGUGGAGAUUAGAUUAAAUGAAAAUUUAUCUACACAUAACAGACCGACAUAUGCGCAAGUUGUACGAAAUCACUCACCCAAUUUCAAGGAUUCACCGGUAAACAUGCAUUAUAAUCACUAUUCUUACACCCCAGUAAUUUUACAUAUCCACUAAUUAAACCUCCUGAUUUUCACAGACCUUACAGGGACACAUACAAUUAUCAUAUCGCGAACCGAACACCACAUCAUAGUCGCCACAAUAAUUUUUAUAGGAAUACACAAAGCAAUCCCUUUUAUAGACAAGCCGGAUAUUUCUUCCCAAAAAACAGAGCGCGGAAUUUUAAAUUUGAUCAACGUAGAAAUAAUAAUGGCAACAUAAACAAAUAUAACUAUUAUAGCAAUAACUCGUUCGGGAAUCCAAAUAGAAAUAAUCAGACAGGAAAGAACCUCACUUACCAGAAUACCAAAAAUAAACAAUUCAGGAGCCACAAUGGAGAAAGCAAUAAGCCUAACUUUGCCUCUAUUGAAGACAACAUACAACAAAUUAUAAGACUACAAAAAUUAUUGGCCGGUCAAAAUUUACAACAAACACCUAACAAAACUAACCACAAAAACUAAAUAAUAUCCAAUCCUCGUCUAACCACCAAAAAUUUAACCUUCGAUGCUGUGAACACCUUCCUUUCAUUAAAAUUCAUAUUGGAACUAAGGCAGUACCAGCGCUGAUAGACAGUGGCAGCACAUUAAACGCACUUUCGCUUGACUUUGCAAACACUCUAAGCAAAAAAAUCAUUACAAUAACAGAUCAUCAAAAUCAAAACAAAGUCAUAUGACGUCAUAUCGAGACAACAUGAUCGAGCGUAAUCUAUCGUUCCUGAAAUCGAUUCCCAAUAGCGUACAAUAUUGGAUGUCGCGAAAAAAAGACGUGUUUGUAAUGAUUCGCCAGUUAGGAAAGCCGACGAUUUUCCUCACUUUAAGCGCGAACGAAUACAGUUGGUCCGAUCUGUUGCGCCUGCUAUAUCGAUUGGAGAUGGGAAAGGAAUGGGCAGGUGAAGGCGAUCCGGCCACUUCGAUGAGCAGCGAUUUGCGGACGACGCUCGUCAACGAGGACCCCGUAACGUGCUGCUUGUACUUCAACAAGCUUAUUGAUACGAUAAUGUUUCUGCUGAAGUCGAAAUCAUACUCUCCGUUCGGUCGCUACCGCUUCAUCGACUAUUUUAAGCGGAUUGAGUUCCAACAGCGUGGUAGUCCGCACGCGCACAUGUUACUUUGGCUUGCCGCCGACCCUAAAGAACCGGUCGACGAAAAGAUGCCGGCGACUGGACGACUGAUUGACUCGCUGAUCAGUGUCGAUCGCGAUCAUAUCGAGCAAGAGAAACUGCAGACACACAAACACACGUUUACGUGUUACAAACGGGCCAAAGAUGAACAGAACAAACGUUGUCGUUUUGGAGCCCCGUUCUGGCCGAUGGAACGUACGAUGGUGCUACUGCCGAUCACGAAAAAUGUACGAGCAACGCGUGGCGAGCAGAAAAGGUGGCUUUUUUUGUUGUCUGCGCUCUUGCUUUUUUUCCCCGGGGACCACAAUUGGACAUCAUCUGAACUCGGCGGCCUAUUUUCACGGAGGGAGAUCUUUCUACACGUCGGAGUGGACAGGAGUUCGACGAUUAUUUAUUUGCCUGGGUAACCUCGUGUCCGCAGAACAUUUUCAUUUUUUUUUGUCCGUUUGUUAAUUGAUUUCUCAGUUAUUGCCCGCAUAACGUUUAUUUGUUUGUUUUCUUAAUUUUUA